UCACAACAACUUAGUCAUUUACAUGUUGUGUACAGAAUUCGUUGUUGCUCUUUUUUCUUACUUCGAAAAAAAGUUUUUAAUUUUCCAAAUGAAUUAUUCAUGGGUUCCUACCACUAUCCACGCACCCAUUCCAUUAAAUGCUGUUCUUGCUGGCUAUGACAGUGACGGGAGUAGAAUUUUCGUUGGUCGCACUUACUUUCAAGGAGACCAAAUACCUUGUAAAAUAAUUCCUGCUAAGGCAGCGGCUUAUAUUAGUUAUAACGGAACAGAACAUUAUGUUGGAAAUUACUUUGAAAUAUUAUGUGGAUAUGGACUACGAUGGAUUUCAGCGAGCCAUGGUUUAGUUCCACAUGGAGCUAUUCCAGCAGGAUAUUGUAGGUCUGGUGACACCCUUCUUGUUGGCAGAGCACACUUUCUGGGAAGUUUAACUCCUGGAAAAGUAAGUCGUUUGAACCGAUGUCUGUAUGUGCCUUUCAAUGGAAGAGAAUACGCCAUACCGGUGUAUGAAGUAUUGGUUAGCAAUCCAUUAAUUCAUUUAAGUUAUAAAAGUUCAUGCUCGAUCCAGUAACACAAAAGGAAAUUAUUAUUUUCCA